CAGGUAAUCAAUGCUUCUUUAUCUCGCUCUUGCAUUGAGAUAAUCUGAAAAAAUUCAGAGGAUUAGAAUGGCAGGCAAAAAAAGUACGUUGGUUGUCAAAAUGUAGAAUAACUGGAAAAUAAUAAAAAUGACCAAGAAGAAUUUCUCAGACUUUGGUAACAUUGUGGAUUCCUGUCCCGGUAACAAGACAGAGUUCACAGACUCGGCUACCAGACUGGGGUGUGGUGUGGAUGUGUAUGGGCGGAGUCAAUACGUCUGUGUUCCCAAUCACCAGAGGUCAAGUCUGGUGGAAUUCUGUUAUAAGUCAACAACUGGACUGUUUGAAAGAGGUAAUUGUAUAGAGGUUUACGAAAGUGGAAAUUUGGAUCAAACCAGCUGUCUUCAUUUCACAGAUGGAUGUCCUGAGAACCAUUUCUUUCCCUCUGACCUGUACAAAUUCCCGGCUUGUCAACGAGUCAAUCUUCAAGAGCAAUGCUUUUUUGCGGAUCCUGCAUGUCCUAAUAUCACAACAACAUUAAUGGAUAUCCAAUUGCCGGAGUUAUCUGGGGAUGGUACAACACCUAUUGGGACGAUCGUAGGAAGCCUUGCUGCUCUUCUCUUUAUUCUUCUCGUGUUGAUAACAGUUAUCCUGUGGAUGAGAAAUAGAUUUUUAAGAGCUGUUUAUGAAGGACGAUCUACGGCAAUUUCGCUUAUAGAUGAAAAUCGUCAUUAUGAUAUAACUACUUGUGAAUCCCCUCUGCUGGCUGCAAACAAAGGAAUUAUAGAGGUGAGAGAAACGGUCGUCAAUGAAGAUCCAGAGGAAAGAGAGGGUUUCGUAUUAGAAACUGGUGACAACGAUUAUACUUCUGAGGUUGUAAAUCAAUGGAUGAAAAAACAAUGGGAAGAGAUAAAUACACUUUCCGAAGAUCCAUCAACAGUAUUAACAAAUAAUCAGCGUGUCGUUCUGUACACUUUGUUUUUGUGUUGUAAUGUGUACGGUGAGAUCCCAAAGAACAGCACAGAUGACAACGACGUAUCUAUGGGUGACAUUAAUGUAAGCAAGACACUGGAGGAGUUGAAAGACAUGGAAUUGAUUAGAAGUGACAGUAAUCAACUGAUUAUAUCACAUGAAAAGCAAAGUCUCAUUAUGAAAUCAUACAUAGAUGAUUGCUUGCUGAGUGACAUAGACAAGGACUUUUACCUACAGGUGACCUCAAACUUCUCUGUUAUUGUGUAUGAAGAAGAGUUUAUAUUUAACAGGCAUGUUUCUAGAGGUUUACAAAGUAAUUGUCCCAUUACCUUGAUGAGACUACUAGUCGAGAUCCAAGCAGAGAAAAUUUAUGAUAUAAGAAUGAAAUCAGGACCAAACAUUCUCCCUCCUAAUAUGGAAAUGGGGGGUAUUUCAAGGAAGUUAAGGGAUUUUGUACUUAGAUGGUGUCGGCUGAAAAACAUAGUGGACCCUAUAGCUUGGGCUGACAAUCUCCCUGAUGAAGGAAUAAAAAGAUUUUACUAUGGGAGCACAAUAUGCCCACUUAAUGAUACAGUGAUUGAGGGUCUUUACCAAAAUCCCUUAAAAUCAAGCAUACUUUGUACCAUCUUGACGGCGGAAGACUAUAAAAUCAGUGCAGAUGCUAUCAAAGAGAAGAACACGGAUGUUGUGAAGGCUUUUCCAUCGUUGUACCACACAGAGUUAGAUUUAUUCUUGGAGACAAUUGAGGAAAUGGAAAAACGUGACCAAAGUUUAUCAGUAGAAGUAGAGAACAAUGUUAUUGGCUUUAAAUCAGAAGAGGUCCGCCAUCAAGUAAUGUGUUACUUUGUAACAAAUUGUUUGAUAACUGAUGAGGACUUUGUAAAGUACAUCAACCUGUCCUCGGUCGAUUCUUUGUUAGAGUACGUACGUACCUGGUGGUACGUUAAGGGCGAAAAUGAGCGAUGUCUAUUUUUACCAAACAAGAUGGAGGCUGCAUUUAUUAAGGCACUUGGGUUAGAUGCAAUACGCCACGUUAUGGUGGAGAAAACGGCAUACAUUGAUUCUCUUGUGACUGCAGAAAUAAGGAAAAAAGUUAUAAUGAAUGUUAAUGUGCCGGAGGAAAUUCUUGACUGGGACUAUGAUGCAAGAUUAAGGUUCAUAGAAUGUACUAAAAAAGGGACGCAAACGAUACAUAGAGCCCGUGCAAUGAUCUUAGGAUGUGCAGGGGCUGGGAAAACUACUCUUCUUAAACGUUUACAAAAUAAAACCUUAGCAGAAUUAAGAAAUGUGACAUCAACUGUAGGACUCGAGGUGUACGAAGACAUCUUUGAAGUUUUACGAGACCAAGGCUGUUUAAGAGCUCUUGCAGAACAUUCAAAUAAGGAGGGAAAGGAGCUUCUAAGUAUCAUGGAUUUUGGAGGACAGUGUGCCUACUACGCCUGUCAUCAAGUCUACCUCAGUAGAAGAGCCUUCUAUAUUCUUGUGAUAGAUAUGUCGAAACAAUUCAAAGAGAAGGUUGAUAAGAAGCUGUGUGACCAGGCUGGAACCAUGUUUACUGACUGGACAUACGGAGAGUACCUCUUGUUCUGGAUGAAGUCCAUCCAUAUAUACAGUGCUGAAGAUGCUCCAGUUAUACUCGUUGGUACUCAUCUGGACAAAACUAAAGGACAAACUACAGAAACAUUCUACGAUAGUAUCUUGGAUCAGCUUCGGUACGACGAAAAACUAAAAGCACAUUUGAACAGAAAGAGAUGCUUUACUCUUGGAAUUCAGGCAAAAGAUGGACAGACUCUAGAAAAACUGUCAAGCUUAGAAAAAUGCAUCGUUUCUAUUGCUAAAGAAGAUCGAUGGAAAGACAGCAUCCCAACAGACUGGGCAUUUUGUGAAGCUACUUUUAAAGUGCUUAAAUCAACAAACAAAUUAAUCUCACUAGAAAAAUAUUCCAGAGAAUAUUUUAAUAGCAUUCUAGAGAGAAAUUCAAAUGUUCAAGAUGUUUUGAAACUAUUCCAUGAAAUUGGUAUUAUUUUACAUUUCAAUGAGAAAUCUCUUUCUGAAAUUAUAAUUCUUGACAUCCAGUGGUUUGUUGAUGCUUUCAAAAAUAUCAUCACAGACUCGAAUCAUGUCAAAGAUGAAGCAAAAAAUCACCAAGAAUGGAAGGAAUUUGACCAAACUGGAUAUCUCCCCGAAAAUUUCCUCAAAAGAAUUUGGAAGUCUAUGAAAUUUGAUACAAAAGGCUGGGACAGUUAUAUUCUUCAGUAUAUGGAGCGUUUAGGGUUGAUUGCCAUGACCUUGGACUCGGGUUUGCGUUGCAUGUACGUACCCUGCAUGAAUAAACGAACAUUUGAUGCUACACACCAAGAAAAAUUGAGAAAUUAUCAACAUAAAACAUCAGUGUUAGUAUUCAGAUUCUCGUUUUUGCCGUGGUUUGUUUACUUUCGAUUGAUUGCUUCUUGUUUGAGUAGAACAGGUGGUAAAUGGAGAGUUUUAAAUGAUGAGGGGAUGUGUAUGUUCAAAAACAUAGCGUUCUUUGAGUAUGAACAUCACAAUAUUGCUCUUGCUGUAGACAACUCAUCAAUACAGCUCCAGGUAUUUCAACAUGGUAAUUCCAUUGUCAGAAAAGAAAUAACACUUGAGAUACGUGACUCCAUCGAAAGAUUAUUAAACGAACUCACCGGAAGCUUUCACAAGAAGAUCAUAUACAGUGUGGGAUAUCAAUGCUCAAUGAAUGAUGUGUAUCGUGAAUAUGAUAAAUGUUUUGUUGAAGAGAAAGAGAUUCGAGGAAAAGGUCAUAUUGUUUGUCCUCGACAUGAACUUAUACAUCAACACAAUCUUUGGGAACCAGAUUUCCUUGGAUAUUGGAAAAAGGAUUGUGAUGUCCAUGUAUCUGAAACAGUUGCUAGUACACCCAGAGACAAUUUUAUCAAACUUUAUGAGGAGGGACUACAAAAAUUUCAUUUUAAAGCUUUUGAAAAGUUGACAAAAGUUGGACGAAAUGCCAUGCAGAUCUACUUUGAUGCGGUAUACCCGAAAAAGGACCUUUUGAAAUUUAAACUUUCAAAAGCUACCGCUGUGAAGAAAAUGUUCCAUCUGAGCGACAAUCAGUUUGAAAGGCUGUGUCCGACUGAUAAAUCUGAUCCGUCUUCUCAAUCGUUUGAUGUGACAAUGAUGUACCAGAUGCUACGAAACCGUUAUCCAAAUCUUCCACAACCUACUAAGGGCUGGGGAAAGACUCCAGUUACAGGGGAUGAAAGUGAAACUGACGACGUAGAAAGGAUCCGGAUUUACAGAAACCAAGUCGUUCAUGAACCUGAUGCAACAAGUAAAUUAGAAAAGAGGGACCUGGAGGAGAAAGGGAGAGAUCUGACACAGGCCAUUGUGAGAUUGAGCAAGGGAGACCCAAAUAUACAGCAUGAAAUGAUGAAUGCUCUGAAAAAUCCUACAUAAGAAAUGGACACUCAGAAUGGGUGCUGCCAUAACAUCAACGUCUGUAGAAUUUCUUUGGACUUUUUCCUGUACAAUUGUAUUUAGUAUGUUUAGUAUGUACAACGAAC